AUGGAGAAAUAUUGCAGUGGAAGUGGCAUAGCAGUGAAAUGGAGAGCGAAGAAUUGCUAUAGUGUAAAGAGGGAUUUUACUGAAAUUGAAGCCUCUAACGGAGACAUUGACGGCAUUAUAGGAAAGAGGUUGAAAUUCUACCUCCCAGAAAGGAAGGCGGUGGCGGUGGUGAUAAGGGGAAAGUUUGACGAUGAUAAGGGAAAGGGUUGCAGCAAAGAAGGUGGUGAUGGUGGUGGUGAGAAGGAGAAGGAUGGUGGAAACAGCAAGGAAGAGGUUGGUGGAGAGAACAAGUUAGAGAUGGUCCAGAUGGGGAAUCCAUAUCCGUGUAUGUACGGGUCGGGUCAAUUGGGUGAGCAGUUUCAAUACCAUCCACAAGGAUAUGGACCCUACCAUGCGCCUCAAAUAUUUAGUGACGAGAACCCAAACGCUUGUAGUGUUAUGUGA